AUGAGUAAGACAUUCUCGCUGGCGCAAUACCAGCGCCAUGCUGUACAAUUAAUGUCCCGUGUUCUGAAUGUACGGACCAACGCCUCACCCUUCACACUUAUCCUCGACGAUCUCAACCAGCGCUCCGAUCUCUUCAUCGCAGAGAUAGUCAGGCGAGCCCUCUCACGUAGCGUCAAUGUCGUCUUCGUCACGUUCGAGUCCCGACCGUCCAUCGCCCCCAUCCGCACAGUCCAAGGCUACGGUCUCACCGGCGAAGAGAUCCUACGCGACCUCAGCAAAGCCAUGUCCGACUGCAAGGAAUCGCUCGUUGUUGUUGACAACCUGCACGAGCUCAUCAACAACAAAGGAAUCGAGAUGAUCCGCCUUUUCGACCUUGUUGCCAACAAGUCCGCAUCCACACUCGUUGGCGUGUUCCACACCGAUAUGCUCGAUGCCCCUCCAGAGUCUCCCUAUGCGCCGCAGCCACUGGAACUUGUCAAGUACAUGGCUACCUCGAUCAUAACAUGCAAGUCGUUUGCGCACUGUCUCGCCGCCAAGGCCGCCAAACAGCGCAGCUUGCCAGAGCCUACGUGGGGUCUGCUCCAAGGCGCCGAAGGCAUCGUCCAGUGUCUUGACGCCAACGACCACCGCGGCAUCGUCCUCGAGGCAGAGUUCCGACGCAAGUCUGGUCGUCCAGAGGGUGAGACGUACUUUCUGCGUGCGCCUCGGCACUCUGAUUACCACGCGCCUGUUCCUGGUUUGCCUGCUGGAGCGUUGAAGGCGGAGUACGUCGUUUUGCUUGAGCAGGUACCUGGGUAUGCCGAUCAGGGCGUUGUUGAUGCUGUGGAUGCGGCGGGUCAGGAGGUAGAGAGUACGUUUAACCUGGGUCUGACUGAGAAACAAAAGCAGGCAAGGGAGGGUGUUGUACUGCCCUACUUUGAUGCGCAAAAGGGUGAGGGUGCUGGUGAGGGCGGGAGGAUUCUAUAUGACAUGGGCAGUGAGGACGACUUUGACGAAGAGGAAGAUGAGAUAUGA